CGCUUAUUUGGGUUAGAAACGAGAAUCUUUCCUGACAAACGAACCUCACUGUAGUCGUUGAGGAUUCAUCACAUUCACCAGUAAAGAAAAUGGAUUCAUUGCCUGGAAUGAACUUUUUGAAAAAAAACAUAGAUUAGUGAUUAUCCAGCUUUGGAUAUAAGAAUCUUAUUCUGCUGUUUCCAGAUUUGACAACAGCAUGGCAGGCUUCAAGCGUGGAUAUGAUGGCAAGAUUGCUGGGCUGUAUGACUUGGAUAAAACAUUGGGCAGGGGUCAUUUUGCUGUGGUAAAACUUGCACGUCAUGUUUUCACUGGAGAAAAAGUAGCAGUGAAAGUCAUCGAUAAGACAAAACUGGAUUCUGUAGCUACAGGACACUUGUUCCAGGAAGUAAGAUGCAUGAAACUGGUACAACAUCCCAACAUUGUGCGUCUAUAUGAAGUGAUUGACACACAGACAAAACUUUAUCUUAUUCUGGAACUGGGAGAUGGAGGCGAUAUGUUUGAUUACAUCAUGAAGCAUGAAGAUGGUCUCUCUGAAGAACUAGCAAAAAAGUACUUUGCUCAGAUAGUUCAUGCAAUAUCUUAUUGUCAUAAGUUGCAUGUAGUUCAUAGAGACCUGAAGCCAGAAAAUGUGGUUUUCUUUGAACAACAAGGAAUUGUAAAGCUUACCGAUUUUGGGUUUAGCAACAAAUUUCAGCCUGGAAAGAAGUUAACAACAAGCUGUGGGUCACUUGCAUAUUCUGCACCAGAGAUUCUACUUGGAGAUGAAUAUGAUGCACCUGCAGUUGAUAUUUGGAGCCUGGGAGUGAUACUUUUCAUGUUAGUAUGUGGGCAACCUCCAUUUCAAGAAGCAAAUGAUAGUGAGACACUCACUAUGAUCAUGGACUGCAAAUAUACAGUACCGACGCACGUCUCCAAAGAAUGCAAAGAUCUUAUUAAUCGGAUGCUUCAGAGAGAUCCAAAAAGAAGAGCCUCAUUAGAAGAGAUUGAGAACCACCCCUGGCUUCUUGGAAUUGACCCCUCACCUGCAACUAAGUAUAACAUACCACUUGUCUCUUACAAGAAUCUCUCAGAAGAAGAACAUAAUGGUAUUAUACAGCGAAUGGUGCUUGGCGACAUAGCAGACCGAGAAACUAUUAUUGAGGCCCUGGAAACUGACAAGUAUAAUCACAUCACUGCCACUUACUUCUUGCUUGCUGAGAGAAUCCUGAAGGAAAAACAGGAGAAAGAAAUCCAGAACCGAUCUGCCAGUCCAAACAGCAUUAAAGCUCAAUUCAGACAGUCUUGGCCUACAAAAAUUGAUGUGGCCCAAAAUAUUGAGGACAUUACAGCAUCGGCCAUCACUCACACAUCUGUUCCUGGCAGCUGUUCACCAGCACGUACUGCAGAGACAUUGAAUGGGCACAGAAUAAAACCGGGUGAGCCAGAAAAAAAAGAAGAAUCGUCUGGAUUAGGGGUCAAGGCUACUGCUAGUGGAAGGACGUGUCUCUUUAGAGUGGAUGAGGAUGAGGAGGAAGAUGAUGAUGACAAAAAAGCAAUUCCUCCUCCUGCCCAGGUGGUUUUGCGAAGGAAACCUUCCAUAACAAACAGACUUACUACUAGAAAGAGUGCUCCUGUCCUCAAUCAGAUCUUUGAAGAAGGGGAAUCGGAUGAUGAUUUUGAUAUGGAUGAAAACCUACCUCCCAAACUCAGUCGACUAAAGAUGAACAUAGCUUCUCCAGGCACUGUGCACAAGCGCUUUCACAAAAGGAAAAGUCAAGGAAGAGGUUCAAGCUGCAGUAGCUCAGAAACCAGUGAUGAUGAUUCAGAAAGCCGUAGGCUGCUGGACAAAGACAGUGGGUUCACUUAUUCAUGGCAUCGCCGUGACAGCAGUGAGGGGCCCCCAGGAAACGGCGGUGAUGGAAGUGGGCAAGGCAAACCGAGUGAUGGGACUGCUGGCCUCGAUAAAAGCAGUCCAAGUGAUAGCAACAAGGGGGGAAGCAGCCCUUCUAAUGAUUCUAGUGGGAGCACCAAUAACACUGGAUCAUCAACACGCAGCCGUGCAGCACACGGAAAUUCUACUCAAUCACCUAAAAGUGCAGAGGAUCUGUUAGAGAGUCUGAAAUUCGUGAGCCUUUGCCUCGGAUCACAAUUGCAUAGUAACAGUAGUAAAUACAUUAUUGAGCCACAAAAAAAUAGCACUUCUGCAAGCAUCAAAAUUCAUGAAAAGACAACCUGGAAAAUGUGCAUCACCUCAACCAAUAUAGAGCGCUCUUUGUCUGUUGGCAGCAGUAACUCCUAUUCUGAUAUGUUGAAUGAGCUUGAAAUGUCAAAAGAAAACAAUAUGAACUUAAAAAACAAUGUUCUACAGCUACCUCUUUGUGAGAAAACUAUUUCUGUGAAUAUUCAGCGGAGCCCUAAGGAGGGACUGCUAUGUACCUCCAGUCAGACUAGUUGCUGUCAAGUUAUUUAGUUUGUUUGACCUAACGAUGACUUGUUUCUUGCUAGGUUACAAAUGUGACCCUCCUUAUCGCAGUGAAAUUGUUCCUUUUUUNGUCUUCAGCUUUUAAUGGGAUUUGAGUUAUUUAUUUCUAUGUUUUAAUUUGUUUGCUAUAUAUGACAAUGCAUGGUCUUUUUGCAUGCUGCUCACUGCUGCUUUAUUUCUGGCAAACAAAAAUUAGUGCAGAAUUUCCACAUCUGUAUGGUUUAACCUAGGAAUUUAGCAUCAACCUCUUAGUUGUGUCUGUGCUGAAGCUAAAUGCAGUUUAAGCAAAUGGAGCACUUUGUAACUCCACAUAUAGCACUUAAUGGAGAAAAUGAUGAAUCUGUUCUGAAAAAUGACAUAUUUUGUACUGAUCAAAGAAUGUGAGGUGAAGUGAUGUACUCUAAUCCGUCUGACAGAAAAGAACCAAAGCAAUAACAUAAUGAACAUUGCAGCUCCUGUGACAAAAUGCAGUCUGCAGAGCAGUUGAAACCCACACUGGAUGGUCUUAACAUUUUAAAGCGAGUACAGGUCAAUUCGAAGUAGGCUACUCAGUAUUAACUUAAACUCAGGGAAAGGCAAACUUGUGCAGGAUUUCUGCUUUGAAGUGCCCUAAUGUUGGAAGUAACUCGACUAGUUACUUGUAUACAUGGCACAACGCUGCCCUAAAUGGGAGAAAGCACUGCACUAAGGUUAGCCUGUCUCUUAGUAUAUGUAUGUUUGUGUAAACCUGGUCUUAUCAGCUGUAUGGGGUAAAUCAUAUGGUGUAGUGACUGGAACUAUAUAAAACUAAGUGACAUUGUAUUUUAAAGAUAGUAUUAAGAUGGGGUUUUCUUGAAAGGCAAUGUCGGUAUCAAAGUCAUUUAGAUGUUGCUCUGUCCCACAGGGAGUUUGAAUCUCUUUCAGAUUUAGAUUUCAGGAAAUGGACAUAAUUUGACAUUGAAAUUCCAAGUGAGGUUCUUGCAGAACAUAUGCAUAGACAUACUUGAUCUGGAUAGUGACUAUCCAGGUGGAGAAGAGAGAUGAGUGGAGACUUCUUGUAGGGCUGAGUUGGUUUGGCAAUGGAAGAUCAGAACCAAAUGCAAAGUUCAAGGUGGACCAGCUAUCCUGGCUCAAUGACAGGACUUAUGAGUCACUCGGAGCUGAUAUUCUUCUUGCUCAGUUCCUAAUAACCUGCAAUCCAAAGCUCGAAUGGAUAGGGAGUGAUGAUUGGACAAGCAAUGGGAAGCUGAUCAGUUCUCCUGUUUUGGCUUGUUAAAAGCCACAGGUACUACAGUGUUAAAUCCAAGAAUCCUGAACCCUGACAACACUUUCUGAGAUUAGGAAAGCAGGGUGUGCGUGUGUUCCAUACCACAUGUGGAACACUGUAGUUUGCUUUGAUAGGUUUCCAUGUAUCAGAUAUCCAGCUGACCAAAAUACAAUCAAACUCCAUCUGAGCAGAAUUGUCAUUUAUAAGCCAGAUAUGCACCUGCUUCCUUGAAAUGUUUACUGGCAGAGCUCUUUUUUAGAGGCCCUUCAUUAAUUGUUCAAUGGUUGAUGUGUGUUCCAAGCCACACUGUAAGACAUGGGAUGGGUUAGUUUACAUUUAAGGUAUACUAGCAUUCCACUUUAGUAACUGAUUAAAUUGUGGGAAAUAUAACUAGUGAAGUGAAUUUGCAGUAAUUGUGUAGUAGCUGUUUUUAGACUAUUGUAAAUAUGUUUCAUUUAUAUUUUAUGGUGUACAGCCUUGUGAUGCCACCUUUUAGACUACCAGCCUGUGUACAAUGUAUGUAAAUAUUUGUGUAUAUACGGUGCUGAAAAAACUGCAAUGUUGACUAUGUAAAGUGCAUAGCUCUAGAAUUAGAUUAAUAUAGGGGAAAACUUGGUGGUAAGUUUGUAAUCUGUAUGGAAUUGUCCAAGUAAAUGAACGUGCAUGUGUUUGUUGUGUUGCAUCAUUUGGUGCAAAGAAUGGAAAAAAAAUAACCACUACUUAUGGAUAUUAUUGGACCAAAUAAUGUAAUAGCUUAAAGCAUAACAUCCCAUGCCCAACCUGUCUUUAAAAUUUGUAUAUUUCAUGUCUGAAUUAAAUAUUGUGACAGACUA